AUGGAGCUCGAGGGCUCGCCCUACCUGCGCGCGCCCUGCCAGUCCGACUGGCCGACGAACCCGACGUGCGCGUACCCGCGAUGGCCCGACGCGUCGAUCGGCCCCGCGGCGCCGGCGCCGGACCCGCUGCCGCCGGCGGACUGCACCUGCGGCUCGCCCUGGGUGGCCCGCGCCCAGGCCAUCAUGAGCGGCUUCGGGGCGAGCGGCCUCGCGAACGCGUCCGCCGCCACGAAAGACGCGUUCGAGGACGUCUCCGACGUGCGGCCCUUCCACCUGCCGCACAUCUUCAACGCCUGCGAUAGCAACGACACGGACUGCGUGCUGGAGUCGACGACCGUGACCAUGCCCAUCCACAGCCUGCGCGGCGACUACGGGCCCGUGGCGGCGAGCGAGUUCCGAACGAAGCUCAAGAGCCGCCAGGCCAUGUGGCAGGCCUACGGACUCGACGCGUCCGACGACAACGCCACGGACGCGACGUCGCUGAACACGUGCGCUCACAUCAACGCCGCGGCCAUCGCGUGGGCGAAGGCCGCGGCCGCGCCCGCGGCGCUGGCGCGCUUCGAGGCCGCCGGCGCGCCGCUCGGCGUCGCGGCCGACGCGGAGGCGCCCAUCGGACUCACGGGGCCGACCUGGAUCAAGACGCCGCCCGUCUUCCGGCGGAACGACUCGGGCGUCGACGUCACGUCCUACUCCUUCACGAUCGCGAACGUGCGCCGGGGCGACGUGCCGUUUUUUAUUACUGCGGGGUUUCAUUACUGCAAGCUCCUCUCGCCGCUCAAGGCCAUGGAGUGGAUCUACGUCGACGGCCUCCCCCGCGUCGGCGCCGCGGCGCGCGCGGCGGCCUGCGAGCGCUGCGUCGACCGGCGGGACCCCGUCAACGCGUCCUUCGCCGCCGCGCACUGCUGGCUCGACGACGGCUGCUACGCCGUCGGCGACGCGGCGAACCCCUGCGCGGCGACGCAGUGCGCGUCCCGGGCGCCCCUCUCCAGCUGCGCCUGCGGCGGCUGCGACGACCUCUUCUGUACGUUCUAA